AUGUCGUUCCAGGUCGGCAUCGGGGACAUAGUCCUCUUGGCGCAGCUAUCAUGGCGCAUCAGUCAGGCUCUAUCUACCGGUCGCAAGUCCGCUCCCGCCGAGCUGCGCGAGGUCGAACACCAGCUGAGUCUGCUCACGGCGGCACUCAACACCGUGGAGGAGCUCUACUCAUCACUCAAAGACAACGCCGACCAGCAGAAACUGGCAUCCUGUCUUUCGCCGGUGGUCCAGAAGUGUCACGCGACGCUCGCCCACCUGGAAGGUGUGAUCAAGAAGUACCGCAUCGUCAAUGAGCCGAAAACGUUGCCCAAGUCUGCUCUGGGUCGGUUCAACGAGUCCUUUAUAAGGAACUGGAAGAAGAUUGAGUGGACCACGGAAACAGGCAGCAUACAGGCACUCCGUGACGAACUCAUGCUUUACACGAACCACAUCAACCUCGUCAUCGGGGUGGGGACAAAUGCUCGCACCAGCGACAUCAGCAAUUCUCUCUCGCGAGUGCACACCAUGACCAAGGACCUCCACGACUGGUACGAGCAAAAUCUCACCUACCCCGCAAGGCCAACGAAGUCGUCGUCGUUGUCCUCGUCUUCGGGAUGCCCAACUCCCGCGGAGCAGCCGCGACCAGUCGACACCCAGGAGAGCCCGGAUCAAGACGCCUUUGAGCUGUCGGUGGAGAGGUCGCGCGAUUUCGAGGUGCUGUGCCAGAACGCCGUCGUCAGCCCUGACUGGUUCGAAACAUUUUCUACUGACCAGGCAAAUCUCCAUCGCACGCCAAUGUUCUCGUGCGCAUGCAAGAGAAAGCAGGGCAACUCGGCGAUAGACCAUAAAAACCCCUUGGGUGCCUACUUGACCACGUCCUCAACAUUCCCAGUGCGACAGGCUGGCCGGGAGCAAGCCUGGAACCUGCUUCGCGUCGCCGACCGGUACAGCAACACCUUCGCCAACCUGAGGAUCAACAAAGUGCACGGUCAAUACAUCGCGGUCUUGGACGAGACCAUCCUCCAACCCUUGGUCGUCGAUCAGGCGGAAGUUAUAUUGGCUUCUGGCCGAGGCAACAACCUUGCACACAUUGAUGCUUCUGGGGAUGAGCGAAUAUUGGCGUCUGCAGCCCUCCUUCGGGAUUCGCCAUCAGCCGUGACAUCGUUCCUAGUCACGGCCAAUAACAAAACUCUGACGAAUGAGAACGUCGCCAGCGUACAGAUCCUCCCCUACCAGACGGUAGGACACCCAGACGGACGAGGGUCACACCUUUACGGGCCGCUGAAACCCCUGCCGACAUCCGAAAUCUUGAUCACCUACCAUGAGGAAGAUGAGAGCUCGAAAGGAGGCGUGCGCCGUGACACAAAGCACGAUCUCGACGAGGACGACUUCUCAGUCAUCCUCCAUAACGUCGAUCUCGAAAGCGAGUACACGGGCGGUCGGGUGGUGGCCGUAUCUGGCAUCACUGCGACAAUCCAGUUCUCCACGCUCAGCGCUACAAAAGAGUUCUUUACGGCUGUGGGUGACAUGAGGUUCGAGUUGUACAUCCACAGCCUACAGUACCCGGGCUCCGACGAGCGAGUCAUUUCGUGCCUUCGCGCAUCACAAGUAGAAUGCCAUGGUGCCACCACCGCAAUCUACAUCCACGACGCCCUCAUCAGCAUCUUCCAGUCCAAAACCCCCACUACCGCUGCACCACUUCGGCACCGCCUCGUCAUGGUCUCCCGGGCAGGCAAUACAAUCGUCAGCCAGGUUCUUCCAGACGGCUUCUACCAUGGGCCGGCGGCGCCUCGCGGCGGGAUGUACACCGCCGAGUCGUAUGUCGCGCAAGUCGACGGCGACCGCGGCGUCUGGCGGCUGCGGCGGUUUGCUGGGGGUUUUGCGGCAGUGGUGUUUAGCUCGGAGCAAGUACGGAAGACGCUUGAGCUAGUCGGUAGGACCAUGGCCAUUACCGCGUCUGAGCCCGAGUAGUUCCGUCUGAGUAAGUCGGGGUGAGCCAGAUCGCGCCUGGCCGGUAUCCCGUGGUGGGGAAGAGUUUGUAGCAAUGGUGCAACAUAUUGCAGGAAAAUGAAUAUCACAUAAAUGUCUUGAUGUGGUGGGCAGCUGAUUUAGACCCCUGUCUGACCCAGCCGUGUGUACACAUAGAGCAGCUCAUAGCGCAGCUCAGCCUAGCUCAUGGAUUGAUACUUCUUCUGAGUCAACAAUGCGAUUGAUCAG